CUGAGAGAAAGAAAGAGGAUAUUGCAAAAAGGGGAAGGGAGGAGCAGCGAGAGAUAAUGAGAAAGGAAAAAGGAGCAAGCAGAAAGCGACGGCCAUAAGAAGAGGAACGAGAAUGAGGAACGCGUGUGCUGUGAUGGGGGGAGGUGUGCUGUGUGCGUGUGUGAAUGCAUGCACACGCGUUCCGGUGCUUGCUCUGUACGUGCACUGCACAGACUGGAAGGAAUAAAACGAACCCAGCAACAAGGCCGGAUUGUCGGUGUGGUGCUGCUUCUUCUUCUCAUGCUCCUCUCGGACUAAUUUUCUGCCUCCUGCUGUCAGACCAGCGGCUCUGCUAGGACCCCGAGGACCGUACUUUUUUGGAAGUCACUUUAGUGGAUGGCCCCAGAAGUGGAGGCCAGAUGGAAAUUGGUUCACAUGACCGCCUCCAGGAAGGCGCGCUGAGCCUGGAACUGGCCAAUGGGGUGAAUCACUACUCUAAUGAAGAUGAGCCAUCUAUGAAAGCAGAGCAGCAGAGGGCAGGGAGCAUGACUCCGAGGCAGUGCUGGGUGUCAGGGCACAGCAAAGCCAGUGACAUUCAGCAACCACCCUCUUGGGACAGCAGCAGCGGAACAGCCCCCGGUGCACUUGUUCACCAUGCUGACAUGGAGGAUGCCCAAAAUCUGGUGGCUUUUUCUGCUAUUGCUGGUUCCCUUCCUCCAUCUUCAUCUUCUGCCUGCCCCCUGGUGCAGCCAAACACAGUCCAGCUGUAUGAAAAGUUCACUCAGGAGAUGGGUGCAGAGGGGGCUCAGGCUAGAGUCGCUGCUGGGGCUCCUGAUGGAAACUGUCACCCGUCAGAAGAUCUCAAUACCUUACAGACAGCUCUGAGCCAAGCCAAACAUGGACACAAGCCCCCCAACUGCAGCUGUGAUGGGCCUGACUGUCCAGACUACCUUGAGUGGCUGGAGAAGAAGAUUAAGUUGGCAAUAGGUGAAAAUCAGAGUGCUUGCAGUAUGGCUGAUGCUGGCCCACAGGUGCAGGCUAAACUGAAACAACACCAUGUGCAGCAUCACCCUCAGCCCUACACCCAGGUGAAUGGUGGCCACAAUUUGUCUACUUCAUGCUCCCAGCAGCAACCAGGAACUCAAAGUUUUCACCAAGAACAAGUGCCGUGCUCUAAACCCCCAAUCCCAUGCUCUCCCCAGGUGCUCUCCAUAGCCAAGGAAAAGAAUGUUAGUCUUCAGACAGCCAUUGCCAUUGAAGCUUUGACCCAGCUGUCUAGUACAAAUCUCCAGGCUGUUAGCUCACCAGGACCAUCUCUUUACAACAGUAACCUCCACUACCAUCAACAUGCCCAGAACCUCACAUCCCACCAGUCAAAUGGCACUAGCUUGAUUCAGUCCUCUACAGACUCCCAGUCAUCUUUCUCACACUCACAAUCUGUUCCUCCAGGUCAACACAAAAGCCAGAAGGCCCCAAUAUCCUGUGAUCACCACAGGCCUCAAUCCCAGGGACAGCCAUCUCAUGCUUCCCCUCUUACAUCCUCUACCUCUCCCUUCCCAAGUCAGGGAAAACCUGCAGGUUUUAACCAGCAGUCACAGCAAUGGCCCCAGGGCUCAGGCAAAGCAUCUGAUCAGAAGAAUCCAUGGAUGUGCAUGAAGUCUGAGCCUCAGUCUCACUAUGCUGCUGCACCUCACAACAGGUCAGACCCCAUGUCAGAGCUCAAACAGCUGCUUGGUGAAAACUGUACCAAGUUCAACAAUGCUCCUUUCAAGCUUCCGGCCCAACAGCGGCUAUGUUUGAAUCAGAAUGGAGGUAUCCAGACGAAAGACAACUCAGUCAGGAUAAAGCAAGAGCCAGGGUCCGGUGACAAGUACUGUCACACAGCAACACACAGUGGACAUUACGGUGUGGCUAAUGGUCAACAGCAAGGUCAGCACUACCCUGGUAUUCCCAUGUCUCCUGGCCAGGCAGCUAUCCAUCAUUCCACUCAAGCAGCUUUGCAACAACACCUUCACUAUAAGAGAAACCUCUUUUCUAAUCAGACCUCUGGCCUCGGAGUGCCGGGUACACGUGGACCUGUGGCUUGCCAAAGCUUGAAGAAAUGGUGGCCCCAGAUGGAGGCAGAAGGAUUUCCACAUCUGGCUAUCAAACAAGAGCCCAAGGACCUCAAGAAGAAGAAAAGCACCCAAGGUUCUCCUGUCAUAAAAGCUAUGAGUGGAUUACUUCCAGGCUUACCGAUGCCCAAACCCAAACAGAUAAUUAUCAAGAAGACCAAACAGAAAGCCUCCAUGCCAACAUUCCUGCCUCAGAAUCAGAUCGUCAUAAAGAAACCAUCGGCCCUCAUGACAGACCGAGCUCUGGCACAAGUCAGCAUGCAACCAAGUCCAUCCUCCACUCUGCCCCUGCUCAGUAACUCCACUCAGGCUGCUGCUGUUGGUCUCUCUGCCCCAGCCCAAACUCAGGUAUCCAUUUUAAACUCCUCAGUGAUUGCCUCAUCCUCUCUUCCUGCCUUGCCAGAAAAAAACCCAUCCCUCAUAGGCUCUCAGCCUCCAGCUGUGAUCUCUGUAGCUCAUGCGGGCUCAGAGGUAGCAGGCAGCUUGUCCUCAAGUGAUGCCAGCACCACCACACCUACGACCUCCACAUCUCCAUUCAGCACCUCACAAUUACCGGGCCUCACCAACAUAGACCCAAAGUAUGAAGAGCUGAUCCGCCAGUUUGAGGAAGAAUUUGGUGACACUGGCGCAAACCCACCUGCCACUCAGCCCAUGCCGGAGAAUGCUACACUUCCUCAAAAUCCCAAACCCUUAUCAUCGUCCACCUCCCAGUCUGCUCCCUUCACGUCUACCACCCAAAGCUCCACACCUCCAGCCAGUCAGGAGAUGGAAGCUGUCAGGGACAGGUCAGGCAGCCAAAAUGAAACUAUUUUCAACCAGGCUGCUACACAAAAACCUAUGGAGCAGCAUGAGGGCACCCAGCACAGUUCCCGAGAACAGGAAACUCUCCCGCAACAGCAGCAGCCACCGGGUGUGUUAGAUGAUCCAUUCAGCGUUCCAUGUUCACCUUUGCCUAAACGCAUGAAAAUUGAAACUUUGGGUGAUGUAGCAGUACUUUCCACUACGUGCUAUUCUGAGGACACACCAACUAAGGACAGUCUGCCCUCUUCUCCUUCACUUAGAGGUUUCCUCGAGUCUCCCCUGCGUUAUCUAGACACCCCCACUAAGAAUCUGCUGGACACACCUUCCAAGGACCUCCAAGCAGAGUUCCCCACCUGCACCUGUGUGGAGCAAAUUGUGGAAAAAGAUGAAGGACCGUACUACAACCACCUGGGAUCUGGACCCACGGUAUCCUCCAUACGAGACCUAAUGGAGACCAGGUUUGGAGAGAAAGGUGAUGCAGUCCGCAUUGAGAAGGUGGUGUUCACCGGCAAAGAGGGAAAGAGCUCACGAGGAUGUCCUAUUGCAAAAUGGGUGAUCCGUCGUAAGCAGCGAGAAGGAGAAGCGCUAUGUUUGGUGCGUCAGCGAGUGGGCCACCACUGCGCCAACGCCGUCAUCAUCAUUGUCAUCUUGGCAUGGGAAGGCAUCCCAAGGUCCCUGGCUGACCGGCUAUACUGCGAGCUGAGUGACACCCUCACCAAAUACGGCAACCCCACCAGCCGACGCUGCGCCCUCAACGACGACCGUACCUGUGCGUGUCAAGGAAAGGAUCCAGAGACUUGCGGUGCUUCAUUCUCCUUUGGCUGCUCCUGGAGUAUGUACUUUAAUGGCUGCAAGUACGCCCGCAGCAAAUUGCCGCGCAAGUUCAGGCUUCAGGGAGAUCACCUUGAAGAGGAGGACAAAAUCAGGAAUAACUUCCAAAAUCUGGCAACUACGGUGGCUCCUUUGUACAAGCGCCUGGCCCCACAGGCAUACAGUAACCAGUGCCAGACAGAGUCUCGAGCUCCAGAAUGCAGGCUGGGCUUGAAUGAAGGUCGGCCGUUCUCCGGAGUCACUGCGUGCAUGGACUUCUGUGCUCACGCUCAUAAGGACCAGCACAACCUGUACAACGGCUGCACAGUGGUGUGCACACUGACUAAAGAGGACAACCGCAGCGUGGGUAAGAUCCCCGAGGACGAGCAACUCCACGUGUUGCCGCUCUACAAGGUCUCACCCACUGAUGAGUUUGGCAGUGAGGAGAUGCAGCGUCUCAAAAUGAAAUCCGGAGCCAUCCAGGUGCUUCAUGCUUUUCGCCGUGAGGUUCGCAAGUUGCCUGAACCUGCCAAGUCCUGCCGCCAGCGCCGCUUAGAGGCCAAGAAGGCCGCGUCGGAGAAGAAGAAAAAUAAACUCGCCCAGCACGCAGGAGAGACACCGGAAAAAACGGUGGUCAAGGCCGAAGUCUUCAUCGGAGGUUCUCCACAACCCCAAGACAAUAAAGCAGUUAUAAAACAAGAGGUGAAGCCCAUCAUUAAGAAGGAGCCCCUCAAUGGUUCUAUAGAUGGCUACCCCGUGCAAGCAGCAGUGCCCUUCAGCAUCUACCCCCACCCUGCAUACUAUGCAAAGGGAGGCCUCGCUUCACCUGGCCAACCCUCUGCACCAGACGCAGUGAAUGGAUACCACCACAAUCUGUCUGCAGUGCACUACGGCUACUACAACUACCCCCCAAAUGCACUUUUCCCUCCGAAGUUACGGACUUAUGAGGGUCGCAGUGGCUCUUUGUCCAAAGCAUGCUCAAAGACAGUCCAGUUGGACAAGAGGCCUGAUAUACAGAGCCUUCAGUCCAGACUGAGCCAGUCAUACCCCAGCCUUCCUGAGCACUCUGAGCAAACCAGCCAACACAGUGCUUACGCUCAGCCUUCAAAUUACAGCCAGUCCCGUCCUUCCUCUGUCUCCUCUGAGCCCUCCAAUAGAGGCACUCCAGUCGUCAAACAAGAGCCCAUGGAUGUGCCAGUCUAUGAAAGUGCUGUACCGAGCCAUAUGAGUGUAAGCACACCUAGCACCACACCCCAGCCUGAAGCAUGGCCGGUGCAUAAGCUUAAUGGAAGUAUUGCACCCAAAAGCUGGGAUGGCCAUGUAAAAGCUAAACAAAAUCCUGAAGCCACAUGUAUGACCCCAGAGAAGCAGCAGUUCCACCAGCAUCCCCAGCAGCUGUCUUCUUACUCUCAACAGUGGACAUCUUACUCUGGCUCAAAUGCUUCCAUGGCCUCCCCUGCCCCAUCGCCAUCACUCCAGUUACCUCCUUCUCCAUCUGUGUCUCCACACCCAGGGACCCUGCCAGGUAACAUGUACCACGGCGGCAUACGCGCUACUACCCCAGGCCCAAGUACCUCUCACCCAGGUACACCACAGCCUAGCACGCCUCACUCAAUCCUAACACCACCACAGCCAGGCACCCCUGGUCCAGGCACUCCCAGGCACUGGGCGAGUCCUGUUCCUAGUCCUCAGCCUAAUGCAUGGGCCAUGGGGCCUGGGGGGUGUAGGCAAGGUUUGAAGCACAGUAACCCUGCAGGAGCUUGCCCUGACAACAUCUGGUCCAAAACUGGGGAGAGUCGUUGUUCUACUCCUCUUGGGCUCCAAGAAAAGACCUGGAAGUCUUGUGGUGGUUCAGUGGCAGGCAGUACACCCUCCCUUGCCCCAGAGGGGCGCCUCUUCCCUGAUGCCCUACAGCAGUCAAAUCAGGCAUCUUGGGAUUCGAGCCGGGCUGAGAGCGACGUGGAGAGCACCAAAGGUCGUGAUGACGAGGAUGAUGAGGUGUGGUCUGACAGCGAGCACAACUUCUUGGAUCCCAACAUUGGUGGGGUAGCAGUAGCUCCGGCUCACGGCUCAAUCCUGAUUGAAUGCGCCCGCCGGGAACUACAUGCAACCACACCACUCAAAAAGCCUGACCGUUCCCACCCCACUCGUAUCUCCCUGGUCUUUUACCAGCACAAAAACCUCAACCAGCCCAUGCACGGCCUGGCUCUUUGGGAGGCGAAGAUGAAAAUUCUAGCAGAGCGAGCCCUCCAGAGGCAGCAGGAAGCUGCACUUCUUGGCCUCUCCCAGGAAGACAUUAAGGCCCUGGGGAAGAAACGCAAGUGGGGAGCUACAGUGGCAGGGGCAAGUCCAGGGCCUGGACAAACUAAAGACAAGAGGGAGGGCCCAACAACACGAUUAGCCUCCACGUUCCAAACCACCUCUGUCGUUACUGUAUCUCCUUAUGCCUUCACCCGCCUCACUGGGCCCUACACCCACUUUGUGUGAGCUCAGAUGGACACAAGCAGACUUUUAUCUGCAGAGUGGUGCAGUGAGUAACUAGAGAGGACAGUGACAAGGAUGACUGUCUCUGUGUCAUCCAGCAGUCUGACAUCUCUCCAUCCUGCCCCCUGAAGGAGGGGGCAUUUUAAUUGUUGGGUUUUGUUUUUGGUUGGUUUAUUUUACCUCAUGUCAGGCAGUGGUUUGGGCAAACCGACGCACUGCCUGUGGUGCUCUUCCUCUUUCCUUCAGAGGAACUCCAUUGCUUUUUCUUGUUUAUACAAUUUUAAUGGCCGUAAUUAUUGCUAUUAUUAUCAAUAUUAUUGAUUGCUAUUGUUACUGUCAAUGUUAUUACAGGUAUUAUGAUGAUUUGUUUGUUUUUAUUAUUACUGUUUUCGUUAAUAUUAUUAAUGAUGUGAUUGUUUUUUGGUUCUAUAUAGCUUUUUUUAAUCAUGAGUUGAUCAGACUCGGACAAUUGUUUGUCCCCCCCCAUAUUUAGUUUUGUUUUUUUUAUCUUCUAGCUGUACUUGGAAGAGGAGCCGUUAUCUAAAUCAUAAAGCAGCAAGUCAGUCCUAUUAUUGUAAUAAAUGCUGCAAAAAGUAGCAUUUUCAAUUGGUCUGCUGAUGCAAGAUAUCAUGCUAUAUGCAGACGAUGUGUGGAUAUUUAUCUGACAAAAACUUUAAGUUCCCCAAAAGAUUAUUUCCAAUUGCAGUCAGAUACUGUCCUAAAUUCCCUGUUUUGGUCAUAUAUAGACUCAUUUUCAAAAAGUCUUUGUUUUGAUCCAUACAGGAAAAACUUUGAAUAUCCCAGCUCAAAAUUGCAGUGAUGCAAGAAGAAAAAAGGCAACAUUCAGGGCUACAUGCCGCACAUUAAAAAUAAUUAUGGAAGUAAAAAUUACUGCUGCUCUUUUGAUGAGAUAACAGUGUUCCUUUUCUUCUACACCCCUCCAGCUUUUGACUGGUGCUCAGCUUCCAACACUGAACUAUUUUCAUUCCGUGACUCUUCAUGGCAUUUGAUGUUGUAUGAGGUGCUCCAACUCAAAUCUGGCUCGAGGCUUAUUUGGAAGUU